UCGCCCCGACGUCGCAUUCGCUCGUUCGCUUCGCCAAAGCAGGAGACGAAAUAUCAGCCGUGAGAUAAAAGAUAACAUUUUCGUUUGAUAUUGUUUUUUUUUAAUUAAAAUCUCUGGAGUGAUAUUCAAACAAACUUGGAGGGAAAAUCAUUCAACAACGUGACAACUAAAUACGAAUUGACGACAGACAGAGGAGUUAAUUUUUUGUGGUCUAAGAAAUUCGCGAGUUUUUUUUUUUAAACUCCAAGUUUUUGUCUAUCCUGAUUAACAUCAACAUCAACGUUCAACUUUUGUGAAGAGUCAAGGGCAGUGAGGUCCAGCGUGUGUCAGUCACUCUCUUUUUGUUGAACUUGAAAGCGUCUCGAGGAGGCUCUUCAUCAGUUUGGAGGACAUUUAUCACCGGGAAGUAACGAUUGAGAACAUUAUGAUGGCAGUUGCAGCUGCACAGAAGAAUCGCGAGAUGUUCGCUAUCAAGAAAUCGUACAGCAUCGAGAAUGGCUAUCCGGCACGUCGUAGAUCCCUUGUGGACGAUGCACGCUUCGAGACGCUUGUGGUGAAGCAAACGAAAGCGAGUGUACUUGAAGAAGCCCGACAUAGAGCCAAUGACUCAAGCACUGAUCCAGCUUGUGCCCAAGAACCUCAGAAUCAUGAGGAGCCGUACAUAUCAUCCAGCGAUGACGAGCAGGGGGAUUCACUCAGAUUCGUUGCCAAGGAAGGAGAAGCCAAAGCCGAAGCUUCGUCCUCCGAUGGCGAGGGGAAGCCCGACAUCGAUGAUGACUAUGGACUCACCGAGGAGGAAGUGGUGCUCGCCAAGACAAUCACCGAGAGUCCAGAUGGUGAAUCAGCUGUUCAGAAAGCUGCACUUAUGCUGCGUUUACGCGAUGGAAUUGGUUCUCUCGCCCGAAUAUUGAAAACGGUUGAGAAUUUCAAGGGCACGGUAACCCACCUUGAAUCCCGACCAUCACGCAAGGAAGGCACUCAAUUCGAUGUACUUAUUAAAGUUGACAUGACACGUCAAUGUCUCCUUCAACUGAUAAGAAAUUUGCGACAGAGCUCGGCACUGGGUGACGUGUCAUUAUUGGCUGACAAUUCUGUCAGUAUCAAGGAUCCAUGGUUUCCACGUCAUGCAUCUGAACUUGACAACUGCAAUCAUCUGAUGACAAAGUACGAGCCUGAUCUUGACAUGAAUCAUCCUGGCUUCGCUGACAAGGAGUAUCGUGCACGCAGAAAAGUCAUCGCUGAAAUAGCAUUUGCGUAUAAAUACGGUGAUCCAAUUCCCUGCAUUCCAUACACGGAAACCGAGAAUGAGACCUGGCUGCGUGUGUUCAACACUGUUGUUGAUCUUGUACCGAAGCACGCUUGCAUCGAGUACCAGAGAGUCUUCAAGAAGCUCCGGGAGGAGAAGAUUUUUGAGGCACAUCGUAUUCCUCAGCUCCAAGAGGUCAGUGAUUUCUUGAAGAGAAACACUGGUUUCACCCUUCGUCCAGCUGCUGGUCUGCUCACAGCCAGGGACUUCCUCUCUAGCUUGGCAUUCAGAAUAUUCCAGAGCACCCAAUAUGUCAGACACAUCAACAGCCCGUAUCACACACCAGAGCCUGAUUGCAUUCAUGAACUUCUGGGACAUAUGCCAUUGCUCGCUGAUCCCAGCUUCGCUCAGUUCUCUCAGGAGAUUGGUUUGGCCUCCCUCGGGGCAUCAGAUGAAGAGAUUGAAAAGCUAUCAACCAUCUACUGGUUCACUGUUGAAUUUGGUCUCUGCAAAGAGGGAACCGAAGUUAAAGCUUAUGGAGCUGGUCUUCUAUCAGCCUACGGUGAACUUCUUCACUCUCUGAGUGACAAAUGCGAACAUCGAUCCUUUGAUCCAUCCACUACCGCUGUUCAACCCUACCAAGAUCAAGACUAUCAGCCCAUCUAUUACGUUGCCGAGAGUUUCGAAGAUGCUAAAGACAAAUUCCGUCGCUGGGUAUCAACAAUGAGCAGACCCUUCGAGGUCAGGUUCAAUCCACACACUCAGCGAGUCGAAGUUCUCGAUACAGUCGAUAGGCUCGAGGGUCUUGUAUCCCAGCUCAAUCUUGAAAUGACACAUCUGACUAAUGCAAUGAACAAAAUUAAGGCGCGAGCGUAAAUCCAUUGACUCUGAUUCAAAUAACUCUUACCCCUCCGAUGUGUGAUCCACAUUGUUAUUUAAGGAUUGACAUUAUCUUCUUCGUGUCUAGCAGCAUCAUCAUCACUAUCAUCAUUCGUCGUUGUCAUUUUACCCUGUAUAAAGUCGUCACUCAUGAUCCUCAUUCUCAAUUCUUGACUCCUACGUCGACGCCACUAGUUUUGCAUUCACUCAAACUGUGCGACUACGGAAUUCCAUUUUAUGGAUUAAGUGUAAGAUUUAUCGCUGAGUCGUAAAUUUUUUUUUUUGGCGAAGUGAAGACUCAGCGUUGUAUCUUCCUCACUGGUCCAAAGCAAACAUUUCAUUCUUGGCUCCAAACAGAAUAAAAGUGGAAUGGAGAGUCCGGUUUGGCUGAACUGCUAGGCAAUAAUGUGGCGUGUGACUCAUGGAUGAUCAAACGAGGCGGACUUCUCUUAUUAUUGUAUUAUUAUUUUCGUCUAAUCGUCUAAUUUUUUUCUCGUUAAUAAAAUAUCGAAGACGGAAAUCGAAAUUCGUUUCUACCGUCAUCUCCAAUUUUAACGUUAUGUGUGAUCCCUUACAUAGUUAAUUGGCUGGCUCUAAUAAACUAACUCGUAAAUUAAAAAUUCAACGCACGUUUUCUGAUAUUAUUAUAAUUAUUUCAAUCAUAUGUUUAAGACAGCGUUUUAUGUUCUAUCACAAGUAGAUCUCUCAAUCGCGUCGGUAUGAAUGUGUUUUAGGAUUCAACGAUUUGGUUCAGGUUUUUAUAUUUGUUGCCGAUUACACGAUGAAACGAUAGAAAAUAUUAUAAUUUAAUUGAUUAUGUAUUUUGUGUAAGUAGGGAAACGUCAGGUAUUUCAGUUUCUGAGUAGUUUAUGAAAAGAAAAUGCCGUUGAGAAGAAAAUAUAAGUGUUUAAUGCCUUUAGAAUUGCACCUCCUCUCUGUGCACCAAAACCCAUUUAAAAUGUUGGAAGAAUUAACUGUGUAUUCAUCCGCGUUCUAGGACGCAUUGCACAAAGCAAUUACUUAAUCCUUUUAGAUGAUUGUAUCCCAUGAAUAUUUUUUGUUUGUAUUAUAUUGUAAAGUAAAUGAAUAAAAUGGCAUAUAAUGAAA